AUUGAACUUGCAAGUUACAACACCCUUUUCAACAAUCGACUCAUUACCUUCCGAUUUGACUCUAGAGGGGAAAUUCUGUUUCCUUCCCCCUUUUCAUUUUCGUCCGUUUUCCCUUCGAAGAGUUUUCACCUCAAAUAGUUCAGUUGAAAUGGCUUUCAUUACACGACCUACAUCGAUGAUCCCACCAGGGUCUUCUACAAGCUCAACUUUUCGCCAGCCAAGCGGCCAUCAUUCUGUGUCUCAGCAACAAUCGUCCGCCUUGGCAGCCCGGAUUGCCUCGAAGAAGGCCGAACUAGAUAAUCUGAAGCAACUUCGCGAUAUGAGUGGUGCGUUGGCGAUCCAAAUGCAAGUCUUAGAACAGAAAAUAGGAACGCUUAAGGAUGGCACAGAAGCUGUUGCUUGUGUUCUUUCAAAUUGGGACAAUGUUUUACGAUCGAUUAGCAUGGCAUCUACAAAAACUGUAACUAUUCAAAGACCGAUCGAGCAAAAAUCGAAUACUGGGUCUGAAGGCAAUAUGCCAGUCGAUUCUCCCAUGCCUGCUACUCUGGUUCGAAUCCCAACAGAGCAAGCAGGAAUGGCAAGACAGUGAUGAGCGGCUUCGGUUGGACGUAACGUCUACAAUAAAUCAUGCCUUUUUGGCAUC